AUGCAGAGGUGCUUAUCCAUUAUAGGCAGUCUCGUUUUACUCUACAUCAGCACAAGCACUGCCUCUGAUGCUGGCUUUGGGGAAUGGUCCGCGUGGUACAACAACACGGAUGGCCAAAGUGAGAGGCAGAGGGAAUGCAUAAAUGAAGCGCUCGGCUGCGAUGGCUACGACUUAGAAUAUGUAGAUGUGACAUUUGUCUACUACGGGAAUGGGACUUGGGGGGAGUGGAGUUCCUGGACUGCAGUUGCUGGUUCGGCGGACAACUACACAAGAUCCAGAGCUUGCCUCGAUGAAGAAACGUUCGGUUGUAGUGGGGUCAACUUGCAAUAUUACUCCAACUCGACGAUGAUAAUUUACAAUGGUGGAAGUUUAAGUGAAUCUAAUUAUAAUGGUGCUAGUAGCAGCAGCAGCAGCAGUAGCAGCAGCAGCAGCGUUAGCACUAGUGGUGGUAGCGUCAGUAGUGGCGAUGGCGGAGGAACCGUUGUGAGUAGUGGUGGUGGUGGUGAUGGUGGUGGUGCCGUCCAGACGUCUGGUGGAGGAACCGUUCAAACAUCUGAUACGGCUGUCGCGAGUGCAGGACAAGCGGAAGGCGUUGUGCAAGAUUUUCAGCCAGAACCUCCUAGCCUGCCCUCAACGGGGGUUAUUGUGAACCAUGGAGUCUGGGGGGAAUGGAGCGAGUGGGCCGUGGAGGAAGGCUCAAACACAAACACCAAAAUUCGAUCGCGAAAAUGCAUUACGUUCAGCGAUAGUGACUACUGCGAUGGCUUUGAAACAGAAAGAAUUACAAUCACUGCGACCGUUUCUAACACCAACGUUGGAUUUCCCGAGUCGGAAAACAAUGAGUUCGAAGAAUGGUCCUAUGAUACUGACGAGACAGAAAACAAUGUCGUUGAAAACUUUCCGGAAGACUGGGAAAUGUGGGCGGAUUGGGUUCAGGGAGAUGGAGGCUGGUUGAUCCGGACACGAAAAUGUCGUCCCAACACUAAAUGCAGAGGUUUGAGCAAGAUGAAGAGAAGAAAGAGAAUUUAUAAAUGCCACGGAUCUUGGGCCAUUGAAAAAGACCACGAAGCUGAACAUUUGGAAGACUGGGAUACGUGGGGUGACUGGAAAAAAAAUAAGAAAGGUCAUAUGGUGCGAGAGAGGAAAUGUAAAAACUCUGAUAAAUCCAAAUGUAGAGGGCAUGCGAGUCAAACUAAAAAAAGAUUGAAGAAGGUGGUCAUUGGUGGCCAUGGAAGUGGAGGACUUGAUGAGCAUGACAAAAACUUUGGAUCGUGGUCUUUCGAUCGUUCAUCUGAUGAUAACGGAGAAAUAGGUGAAAUGAAUGAAGUGCCAAGUGAUUGGGGCCCUUGGAAUGAAUGGAAAGAAACCAGCAGUGAAUGGUUGGAAAGAACUAGAAUGUGUAAAAUCCAAAAUGCAACAUGUAAAGGUAAAAGUAAACAGAGGAAAAGACACAGAAAAUGGAAAAUAGUUGGCGAAUGGUCAUACGAUGAUGACCAGGAAGACAAUCCAGAAGACUUGAUCAAUUGGAAAAAUUGGUCAGAUUGGAUUCAAAUCAACGAUGGAGGCUGGAUUCGAAAAAGAAUAUGUAAGCAUGUCGAUUCAAAGAAAUGCAAAGGUAAAAAACAACAGAGAAGAAGAAGAAAAGGAUGGAUUAGUAGAUGGCAACAAAAGACAGGUAACAGAUGGCCAAACAUAGGCAACCUCGGAUUUUUGAAUUUAAAUAAAGGCGGAAAGCACAAAAAAGGACGAAGAAUAGGUGGCGGUUUAUUAGGUGGAAUAUUGGGUGGUGGAAGUCAUGGUAUUGGUUUUGGUGUUGGUGGGAAAGGUAGUCAUGAUGGAGGUCAUGGUAUUGGUUUUGGUGUUGGUGGGAAAGGUAGUCAUGAUGGAGGUCAUGGUAUUGGUUUUGGUGUAGGUGGGAAAGGUAGUCAUGAUGGAGGUCAUGGUAUUGGUUUUGGUGGAAGUCUGGGUGUGGGAGAAAGAGGAAGUCAUGAUAUUGGUUUUGGUGUUGGUGGGAAAGGUAGUCAUGAUGGAGGUCAUGGUAUUGGUUUUGGUGUUGGUGGGAAAGGUAGUCAUGAUGGAGGUCAUGGUGUUGGUUUGGGUGUUGGUGGGAAAGGUAGUCAUGACGGAGAGGUUGGUGUUGGUGGCAGUCUUGGUGGAAAACUUGGUGGAAGUCUUGGAGUAAAAGGAAGUCCUGACGGAGGUGUUGGUGGCGGUGUGGGCGUCGGUGUUGGUGGAGGAUUAAAACUUGGCGGUAGUGCUGGGCUUGGUGGUAGUGCUGGACUAGGCACUGGUGGUAAAAUUGGUAUUGGUGGCGGGGCUGGAAGUCCUGACGGAGGUGUUGGUGGCGGUGUUGGCGUUGGUGUUGGUGGAGGAUUAAAACUUGGCGGUAGUGCUGGGCUUGGUGGUGGUGCUGGACUAGGCACUGGUGGUAAAAUUGGUAUUGGUGGCGGGGCUGGAAGUCCUGACGGAGGUGUUGGUGGCGGUGUUGGCGUUGGUGUUGGUGGAGGAUUAAAACUUGGCGGUAGUGCUGGGCUUGGUGGUGCUGCUGGACUAGGCACUGGUGGUAAAAUUGGUAUUGGUGGCGGUGCUGGCCUUGGUGGUAAAGUAGGCGUUGGUUUGGGCUCAAGCAGUGGUUCUAUCGGGGGUGGUGCAAGUUUAGGGGGUUCUGGUGAAACUGGUGGUGGGGCUGGCAUUAGUGGUGGUGUUAGUGUUGGUAGUGUUAGUGGCAGUUCAAGUUCUGGUGGAAGCAGCGGUGGAACCAAAAAUGGUGGAGGAAGUUCGAGUACUAUUUUUGAGACGACUUAUGAAGUUUACUAA